AAGUAUUUUCAAUACAUUCUUUUGUAGAUAUGAGUACUAUAGUAGUGAGUGUAGUGACUUCCUGCUAGUUUGGUAUGAUGUUCUCAGUUCCUGUGUGAUCACAAACAGUUCUCCUGUUCAGUGCAGUUGACUACAAAGAGCUGUGAUGGAGAAAUCAAGUAUGCUAAGUUGUAGUGAAGACCCAGAAUCAGAGGACAACAAGUCCGACGUAAAAGCAAUGAUGGCUCGUUUCCAAGCAGGAAGUGUAUCUACAGAAAGGACUCCAGGUGUUCGUCCAAAACAACCUGUCCAGCCCACUUUGUCUUCAGGCCCAGCGGUGCCUGCUAAGAAGCCUGUUCUUGAAACUAGCCUAUCCAGUGGAUUUACUACUACCUCAACCGCCCCUAAACCUAAGAGCACAGUCAACACAGCUAGAAGCGCUCCAGACAUGCACGAACCUCCGAAGUUAAAGGCUUUUGGGACUAGGUUUGAAAACACACAAGAGAACAACAAAGUCAACUUUAAAGUUCCUGUUAAACCCAAACCACCAGACUCGUCUCAGGACCAUGAGACUCCAAAGGUCCCAUUCCCAAAGGCACCACUACAGAAGCCUCCUUCAAGCAUCAUGGCGAAUGAUUCAAAGCCAAUGGCUCCUACGACAAAACCAUCCUGGAUCAAAGACACCCAGAAAGCUGAAGACAACAGCACUAACCCUACUCCCACUCCUCCAAAAAAGCCAUUGGCACCCAAACCAAAAAGCAACAUGGCUAUGCUACGCCAACAGCCAGAGGAAAGCAGCAACAUGGAGUCUCCUGCAAAGCCUUCCUCAGUAUCUAAUGUGAAACCAUCAAGUUUCCGUGUUAAAAAUAGCUUCAACAAACCAGAGGAAGGUGCUAAAGUACCAAGUGCUAAUGAGUCAGUCUCAAAGCUCGUAGUGCCUAGUAAACCCAACUUCCCAAGAAAAUUAUCCGGACCUCGUGUACAGACAGCCAACGAUGAUCCUUCGGCACCCAAGAAGAAACCUCUACCCAAUAGCUAUGCUCUGGGCAGCGCUCCUGCCAAACCCAACAGACCGCCCAAAGUCAACCUUGAGAAGUUCAAGAAGGGCUUAGAGGCUACAACAGACAGUCUUGGACCAAAGAAUGUAACUCCCCCUCCCCCACCUGCCUCUCACCCCAGUAGUCAGGCACCUCCACCACUGCCCUCUCAAUCCUUACGUCCCAACCUGCCCCCACGACCUCCAGGACCUAUAAUUCAAGAUGAACAUUAUGACGAUGUGGAUAGCUUGAGAGCGGGCCAGAUAAAUGAGGGAAGUGGAAGUGAUGGUGAGAUAUAUGAGGAUCUUGAUGAUAGUAGAUCGGCUGCAGAGCUAAGUCAACCUCAGAAAAAGCAAGACAAAGAACUUAAAAUUCAGAAAGACCGUGAUAAAAAAGAGAAAGACGCAAUUAAGAAGUUUAAAAUAUCAACGCCCCUGCAGGUUAUUCAUCAGGUAAAAGCUAAAGCUGACUGCAAGGGUGGAAAACAUGACCUCUCCAUAAAGAAGGGCGAGUCAAUUGAUAUAAUUCGAAUCACUGACAAUCCAGAGGGUAAAUGGUUGGGCCGAGGUUAAAAUGGAUCAUUUGGCUAUGUUAAAACGGAAAUGGUUGAGAUCGACUUCAGCGUCUUGAAGAAUAAAGGCCUGUCUCUUCCUCAUAACUUGGAAAGUGAGGAGGUGUACGAUGACAUAGAAUCUAUGGAAGAUCAAGGGAAUAUGAAUGGGCAGUGGGUUGUUUUACCUCCACCGCCAGAUGAUGAUGUGUAUGAUGAUAUACCCGAACCCAAUAUUAAUCCAAUCAGCAUUGGAGAUCCCAGGUCUCUCUUAAUACCGCGCAACUUCUUGGACAUUCUCAAAAGCUCGGUUGACAGGAGAAAAAGCCAAAUCCACAAUAAUGACAUUCCUCCCCCUCCACAAUUUACACCUGAAGACGUUUCUCAAGAUAUAUAUGAUGAUGUUGAUUCAUUCCCUCCCGCUCCAUCACCUGGCAGCCUUCCUCAAUUAAAAUCGAAGGCGAUCAAAGUGCACGGGGACCCAAAAAAGCAAAAGAAGUUUGAGAAAGAAGAAAAGGAAUUUAGAAAGAAGUUUAAGUACGAUGGUGAGAUUCAGGUGCUUCAUCAAGCAACAAUUGCCACAAGUAAGAAGGGAAGUGGGAAAGACCUGGCUGUACAAGCUGGGGAGACUGUGGAUGUCGUCAACAAAUCUGACCCUGACAAAUUCAUCUGUAGGAACAAGGAGGGCAAAUUUGGAUAUGUCUCAGCCAGCAACAUCCAAACAGAUGAUGAGGUCUAUGAUGACAUCGGAGAUGACUGUAUCUAUGACAAUGACUGAAGACCUCACACCAUCAUCAUCUCAUCUUCUGGUGCAGCUUAUUAUUUCUGGCCCUGUUUGUGUUCUUGAUUGCUGAUGUUGAGUGUAUUUAUUGUAUAGAAACAUGUAUUAGGUUGAAAUAAACAACCUAGUACCAUCGUGAUAUCGUAGUUACCUUAACUCAGUAAAAAUAAAUGGCAUCUUGUCCAAAUUGGCCUCCGAAUACAGUUUUCCAAGGUAUACAGUUACAAAUAUACAAAUACAGUUUACUUUCACUUUCUGUUUCCUGUCAUGUAUUUGAGAAAACAAGCUGAAUCUAAUUCUAAGACACAUGUUUGUUCCCGAGUGAAAGGCAGUAUUUUGUAACAGGUCUCAAUUUUCUCAUUUACUUAUUGUGUUUUUGUAAAUAUUACACUGCAAAAGACUGAACUGUUUUCAUCACUUGCUAAUAAUAAAUGUAUACAUUUGCAUCACUUUUAAAUUCAGCAUGCUAAUUAUGUUGACUGAACAAUGUUUAUAUCUAUGUUCACUUGAUUUACGUAGAUUUUCGAAAUUAAAAUUUUAUACAUAAAUCAAAUAAUAGUAGGGUAAGAUACGCCCACCAGGCCAAGAUGACCAGGUUCUUCUUAAUUUUGUCAUUUCAACUCAAUAUCAGUCAAGAUUUUGUCAGUCAAAUCAGUUUUAAGGUUAUUUGAUCUCAUUUUGUGUCUGGAAAAUAGUGAUCUGUGACAUUGUAUUAUGUUGAAUAUAUCGUUCCUCAAUUGAGUUGGCCUCUGGACAUUACGUAUGGGGAAACCCUUUUCCUCUGAGAUGCUGAAGCCUGA